AUGCCUUCCGCCCUCACAAUCGUGGAGUUUGAGGGAAAGUUCGAGUGGAAGCUCGCUGAGUACGAAAAUGAGCAGACUUUCAGCCACGUGGUGGAGAUUGCAAAGUCGGGACGGGCCAGAUGUCGCAAGUGCAGCGAGUUGAUCGCCAAGGAUAGCGUGCGUAUCGGUGUUCCAAUAAAGUGGCGCGGGGGUUUGUUUGGCUGGAUAUCCAGCUGGCAGCAUCCCGCCUGCCUGCGCGUGCCAGGCGUCACCAGGGACGAGCUCCGCUGCGAACUGCACGGCGUUGACGCUCUCACGGACGAGCAGGCGGAUGAAGUCCUCGACCAGCUCACCAGCGACAAAGGAGUCGAACUGGAAGAGGUGGACCCGAACGACCCGGCUUUCACCAAGCGCGAAGACCCCGUUCCAGAACUUCCUGCCCCCGCCGCGCUAACGAGACCGCUUCUGCAGUUUCAGAAGGAGGGUCUUGGCUGGAUGGUUGCGAACGAGGCUGGAGCAGUGCGCGGUGGAAUCCUCGCGGACGAGAUGGGCAUGGGCAAAACGAUUCAGACGAUCUCGCUUCUGCUACACGCUAAGGCAGAGCGCGCCAAAGCUGCGGUGGAGGCGGCAAAGGAGGGAAAGGCGCUCACCGCCGCAGAGAGACCAGGCCCGACCCUCAUCGUGGUGCCGACGUCGGCGCUUGUGCAGUGGGAGGAUGAAAUCCGGAACUGUACCCAGCCCGGCUCGCUGAGCGUGCUCGUCUACUACAGUGACCGAAAGACAAUGUCGAAGGAGACGCUGGAGGGCGUUGACGUGGUCCUGACAACGUACCCGGUGGUGGAGGGCGAGUGGCGCAAGGUGAUCAAUCGUGCAAUGGUGGAGUGCGAGUACUGUGGCAAGAAGCUUCUACCGAGGUCCCUGGUGGUGCACCAGAAAUAUUUCUGCGGGCCCGACGCGGUGCGAACGGCGAAGCUGGCAAUGCGGGAGAAGAAACAGAACGUCGCAAACGAGAAAGCCAUGCGGACACUGAAGAUUAAGCAAGGAAAAGCGAGUGAUGUGGUUGAGGCUGCACUGCCAACACCUGGUAAUCUCUACCGUGAGCUGAUGUCAAAGGCUGGGCGACCGGCGAUGUCCAUGUACGACAGUGCCAUCAAGGCGCGUCAGAAUCCCAAAGACCCGACUGCCGUCGAAAGUGUAGAUGACGCGUCUGACUCUGAUGCCACACAAAUGAAGAAAGAAGAGCAGGAUGAUCCCAUUGUCACCAUUGGACAGCACACGAAUGAUGUGAAAGGCAAAGAUACGCGUCAGGGUGUCAAGCCGAGAAAUGUGAAUGAGAAUAUCAACAAGGCUCCCGUCACCAGCAGAGGUCAUGAUGACGUUGACCUCUCUGACUCUCUGCUUCACACUGUUGAUUGGAACAGAAUCGUCCUCGACGAGGCUCACAAAAUAAAGGCUCGCACGACCAACACCGCAAAGUGCAUCUAUGCGCUGAAGUCCACAACAAAGUGGUGUCUGACCGGCACUCCUCUGCAGAACCGUGUUGGAGAGCUGUACUCACUUGUCAGGUUUCUACGCAUGGACCCGCACGCAUAUUAUUUCUGCAAGGUGAAAGGUUGUGAGUGCAAGAGCCUGUGCUGGAACUUUGGACCGAACCAAAAAGCGUGUACGCAGUGUGGACACCCGUCACCACGUCAUUUCAGUCACUUCAAUCAGCACGUCAUCAAUCCAAUCAAUCGCUAUGGUUAUGUGGGCGAUGGUCGCAAGGGAUUCCUGACCCUUCGGAAGGACAUCCUCUUGCCUGCGCAGCUUCGACGCACAAAGGCUGAACGCGCGGAGGACGUUAAGCUGCCCUCGCUCACCAUCAAAGUACAUGUCUGCCAGAUGGACGAGGUUGAAAGGGAUUUCUAUGAGUCUCUCUACAUGCUCACUCGUGCUAAGUUUGACGGGUAUGUGAAGAAGGGAUCUGUGCUUCACAACUAUGCCCACAUUUUCGAACUACUCUCCAGACUCCGGCAGGCGUGUGAUCACCCUUACCUCGUAGCUUCGGAUAAUGAUGAGGCCAUAAUGGUGGCAGCUGUGAAUGAACCCAAAUAUUGGUGCGGCAUGUGCCAGGAGGAGGUUGACGCAGAAGAUGCUGCACUCUCCGGAUGCAAACACGUGUUUCACCGCGAGUGCAUCAUGCAGUACGCAAGCUGUGCCCCCGAGAAGGGUAAAAAGGUGACAUGUCCUGUGUGCCGCGUGGCGCUCACCAUUGACUUGCAGCCAAGUGAUUUGUCCGGCGCGAAUAAGCCCCCACGCAACGCAGCAGCACAGCACAAGAAGGACGAGCUGCCCUCCAAAUCCAUCCUGUCACGUAUCGAUCUAUCCCAGUACACCAGCAGCGUCAAGGUCGACGCCUUGUUGAAAGGCCUUAACGAUAUGCGUUCCGGGAAAAAUGGCCAUCUGAAUAAGGCAAUCGUGUUCAGUCAAUACACGUCCAUGAUUGAGAUCGUUGACUGGCGGCUGAAGAAGGAUCGCUUCACCGUAGCCAAGCUGCUCGGCAGCAUGCCAAUCACCCAGCGCGCGGCGAACCUAAAGGCAUUCAGGGAGGAUCCCAACGUCUCGGUGAUUCUCAUGUCACUCAAGUCCGGAGGUGAAGGUCUCAACUUGCAGGCGGCAAACUACGUGUUUGUGCUAGAGCCGUGGUGGAACCCCGCUGUGGAGAUGCAAGCCAUCAUGCGCGCACACCGCAUUGGGCAGACGAGGGGGGUCACAGCAGUUCGCUUCUCCACCAAAGACACCAUAGAGGAGCGCAUGAUGCAGUUGCAGGAGAAGAAGAAGCUGGUAUUCGAGGGAUGCAUGGAUGGAAACCAGGAGGCGCUGGCGCAGCUCACAGAGGAGGACCUUCAGUUCCUAUUCAAGCGAUGA